CCAAACCAACCCAGCGCAUAGAAUUGUGAUUUCCGCGAACCGUCCACAGCAUUUUCCGUCUGCCUCGCUGCAUUUUCUGGCGUUGAGCAGAAGCAGGACAUCUUCUUGUUUGGUUUUUCAAUUUUUGGGCACACUGCGUCUUCUUCCCUUGGCAGACUUUGUUCAUCGCAACACUAUGAUUUAAGCAACGUCACGCAAACACAACAACCUAACCCGCCCACAGCCGUUCACGACGACAGCGACGACAUGGCGUCGCUGCAAGCGAAAGUCGAGGCCGUCAAGACCGCCGUCACCUCGGCCCCGACGUGCACGCCAGCCACCGUUGUGACGCUCAAGGAGCUCCUGCUCCCGGACGCCGAGCCGACGGCACCCAAGACCAAAUCCGCCGCCGCCGCACGAACGACCACGACGAAGACCAAGUCGGCCGGAGCCGUCAAGGCACAACAAAGCGCCGAGACGCUUGGUGCUCGCGAGAGGACAGUGCUCGCGACGCAUGUCAUCAACGCGACCCUCAAAGUCCUGGCCGAAGCCGCAAAACCUCCGCCGCCGUCAACGCCUUCCAAACGCGCAGAGCAGCUCAAGCAGAUCGGUCGAAGGCGUUCUCUAAGACGGUCGGCAUCUGCGCCUCUGACUCCCCUUCAGCCGCGGACCCUCAAUCGCGUCGCUACCUCGCCGAUAGCUACAUCCAAAGAUGCAAAGUCUGUGGCAGCGGCACAGGCCGCGGGAUGCCUCGCGACGGUUGAAUGCGCCCGCGUCGCGUUUGCUUGCCUGAGAUCCCUCAAGGGCACCGCUCAGGACGGAAAGUCGGAUUUUCAACUCGAGAAUGGAAUGUCUGCGCUCGUCAGCAAGCUCCUCGCCUUGGGGAUGCACGACCAGGCGUUGAAAGAGUUGAGGAUCUUGAAGCGGCGACUGGAUGGAACGGCUCCAGCAGGCAACACUAAGUCAAAGGUCGCGUCAGAAUCAUCAUCCCCAGCAGCUGUAAUGGCGGACCUGUUACAAUUUCACAACGAUAUUCCGAAACAGAGCCUCCCGACAACGACAUCAUUUCAAAUUUUGGUGCUAAAGCUUGUCGCUGCCACCAAAAAGCCAGCACAUAUCGAGGCUCUAGCUCCAGCGCUUCGCUUGUCAAACAGCUCCUCCCCCAUCAACUUGCUUUCGGAUCUUGCGCAGGGAGCGAACAAGGGAUCUCCCAAGGCAGCCAGACAACUUGCUGUUUUGUCGCAAAUACUCCUAUCCAUUGCGCCCAGCGUCUCCAGCGCCGAGGACGCCGUAGCUGUCGAGCCCAGACUGUCUCCAAGCCCGCCCCUUGCUUUUGAGCUUCAAACGCUUGCGUUUCAGGCCCAACUCAAGUGGUGGACCUUGGCCGGGCACGAGGGAAACGUCGAUGAGGAGGUGCUGCCCGCGUUUACCCGUUGUAUUCGUGCCUUUGUCCGUCGCCAGCGAUGCGGUGAAGGCGCCCCCUACCCGACAAUUGCCAAGGCAUUUGAUUGCAUUCUCCGAGCCACUAGAGAACAGAAUCAAGAGCCCUCGACGUCAUCCAGCUCUCCCCUGGCAUCCAUCUACCAGAUACUGGGCGCGACAGCACACUCGGCUCGUGCCUACGAUGAUGCUGAUAAAUGGCUUCAAAGGCUCAAGGCGUGCUUGUGCCCGCAGACCGACUCAGUCGUCCGCAGGUGCUCUGUUUCAGCUCGAAUUCUUGCUGCGUCCCUGAAGAAAGCCACUCUGGGGCCCGAUAUUCAGGGGCUGCUGCAAGAAGUCAUUGAAGGCCUCGACGGGAGUCUCAGCGGAACUGUCACGGAGCUUAAUGAGCUCCUCGAGAGUCUUUCCGCUGCAAGACGCUCCGUGGCCGGCUUGCUCAUGAAUGUUCUGGGCCCCGAUUCGGCACUCGGGGUCGUUCCCGACGAGCUUAUUGACCCGCUCAAGACGUUCACCUUGCGAUACCCCCGUUUUGUUCGCCGAUGGCUCGGAACACCACCCGCCAAAGAUGCGACCGCCAAGCAGGUGCUACAAUUUGACCAGCGGCGGCAGACGGUCACGGACUCCGUCAGCCAGGUCUUGGAUGCGGCGAUGAUGAUUAUCAAGUCCGACAUGCCGUCGGGUGCCCUCGAAUGGCACUCGAUGGAUGAUGUCUUGCAGCACUGCAGUUCCCUCUUGGAUACUAUUUCAGACGCCACCUUGUCUAUCGGAAAGUUGGAAAAACUUGGCAUGUAUUACGUCAAAAUAUCGAGCUUGUACUUCUCCAAGUUCAUUGAACUGCGAAAUCUAGCCCAACGAUCCAAAGAAGCCAACAAGCAAAUGCUCCAGUCCCUGAGCCGAUCCAUCGACGCCGUCAAGGAAAGGAGCACCGCCGAGAAAGAGAAAGCUCAGCUCUCAACAAAACUCGAGCUAUUUGCGGAUCUAUGCAAGGGUGCCGGCAGAGCUGAUGAUGCGGUUCAGACCCUUCGCUCGAUAUGCACAGGAAUGGCCGAGGAUGGUGUCUUGUCCGAUGUCACAGCGGCAUUAGCAUCCAAGCCUCCUGCUCUCGCGUGGCAAACUACGGAAAAGGCCUCGUCGCUCUCACGGACGCUGCGCUCAAUUGCAAAGUUGGACCGAUCGUGGACUGACUGGACAUUUUUCCUGCCCGAAGCUGAACGGGCUGCCGUUCUCGAGCAUCUGAUGCACCUCAACUGCAGCGACACGACAUGUUCUCAGCCUCUACGACUUCACGAUCCCAGCCCUGCUGCCCUGUUGCGCAUCUAUACACUAGACAGGUAUCCGAUAAGGCGCUUCCGCGUACUGCUCCACCUUUUCUAUCAGAAUAUUGGCGAGCAGGACGAAGUCGACGACAUCUCCUCACUGCUUGAUCAGGUUUCACAGCAUGUGCAGAAGAAGGACCCGGCCGAAGAUGCAUCCUUGUCGCACUACAUUCCGCAUCUGCAGACGUGUUACACCUUCAUGGCUGCAUUGGCUGACGCCGACAGGCCCACGUCGCUACCAACGCUGAAGGAAUCUAUCGCGGCUUGGAAGACGAUGGUGCAACCAUGCCAGACGAGCGGUGACCUCUACACGGUUAUUGACGACCCUGCAACGUUACUCCAUCAGUUGCACGCUCUGAACGACCUCGCCGGACUUCGAGGGGAGCAACACCUGCAGCUCGCCAUUUCAGACUUUUCCAUCAUUCUUUCCAGGGCCAUCGUGGACACAACGGGAGUGGUCCACGAUGACUUGGUCCUCAGUCACAGCCAGCUCGCGACUCGACAUGUGAACAUCGGCAACUUCACUCAAGCACAGACGGCUCUCGAACAAACCAAGGCGCUCAUCGAACAAAACGAAAAGAUCUCUGCCGGAGUCGUUGCAGACUUUUAUCUUUCUCAGGCCGAGUGUCAGAUUGGCGUCGGAAAUCUUGAUGAAGCCAUGCAAUGCAUCUCCAAAGCCAAUGACAUAUGCAGCGACAGUCGAUCGACAUGGGCGCAGUCCAAGUCUCACGCGACAGUCAUGCUCGCCAUGGUGUCUCUUCUGCAGUCCGUCGUCUCACUCCAGAAGGGAGACAUUCCAAGCUCUCUCACCGCAAUCAAAUCCAGCGUACGAAUGCUUUCGCACGACUGGGCCAAGCUCGAGUCGGCAUUGGCAAGCACAAACUCCAGUCCGGAUUCCAGCAUGUCGGAGACGAGCAUGACGAGCAUCGAUAUCAAAGGGUCCCCGGCGCGAACAGCUGGCCCUAGGUUCUGGGGACUGGCGUCUCCGUUGCUGCGUAGCCUCCUACACAUCUCAUCGGUGUAUGCGCAUAUCGGCAUGCUACAAGAAACCAUUUACUACGCGGAAUCGGCAUUGAAGAUUGCAGAGGGCACACAAUCGUCUCUGUACAGGGCACAGGUCUCCUGCUGGACUGGCUCUGUCUAUGUCAAGGCCGGAAGGUUGGACAGGGCCCUGCCCCUGUUCGAGGGCGCUGAGGAGCUGAUGCCUAGAGAUGCCUGCGCCUCCCGCGUACGAUUUGCUCGCCAGCUUGCCGAGUUCUACCGGAAGACGGACAACCACGACAAGGCCAAUCACUAUCUCAAGAUGGCCGAGGACACUGUCCACUUGCUGAGCGGCUCCAACGAUAUGGCUAAACAAGUCUCGGAGCGAGUUGCUCCCAAGGCCAAGGCCACAACAGUUACGUCUGGACGGGUUGCUAGAACAACAAGAGCCCAACCAACCGCUGCGCCGCGAACGACAAGGAAGGUCCCUGCGGCUCGAAGCCGUGUUACAGUGGUGCCUGAGUCACCCAGUCUUCCAAAAGACGUCUAUCAGUCUUCCUUGCUGGCAGCCAUUAUUCUCUCCCGGGCCAUCGGCUUUGUCUAUCAAAAAGACUGGUCAUCUGCUUCUUCACUGCUAGAGCAGGUCAAGACGCUUCCCAAGCUUAUCUCCGCCCUCUCACAGGAACAGGUCAUCACAGCAACUACCCUUAUUGGACAGAGUAUGGAGCAGAUGAUUUCGGACCCCGUCUUCUCGGUUGUACAAGAUUCCACCAUAUCGUUUCCUGCAGUAUGCGGAGGGUCGGACAAAGGAGCCCUGGAUAAGUCACCAGCCGGCGCGUCGCCAACUAGAAGAGGUCGCCCUACCGCCGUCGAACGCAGAGGGUCCAGAGAGCGAGGUGGCCCGGCAUUUGCGGACGCCCUACGUCAAGCACAGGGGCUUCUCAUGGAAGCGCAUGGGUCGGCGCUGUGUCGAUCUGACAGCAGCAUGGUUCAUCGCAUCUCAGCACUUCUCCAGAACACUAUUAUUUUGCUGUCGGCUACUUCGACAAGCAAAGGGAGAUCUACGGCGCCUUCUGGACUAGCUACUGUGGCCGUCGAUUUGGCUCGCAACAUUACCUGGACCCGAGAGCAGGCCACCCUCAAGGUCUCGGCCGGUUCUACUGCUCCGGGAACCAUGGCCAAGAAAAACCGCAGGUCUAGCCUUUCCAUGUCGAUGGAUGCGGCGGCUUUCCAGCAAAAGUACAUUGAGAAAAUCCCAAAGGCCUGGAGCGUCAUAUCGCUGUCUCUCUCUGAGAACCGUCACGACUUGUGCAUCACGAAAUUUCAGGCCGGCUCGAGUCCUUUUAUCCUAAGGCUACCUUUGGAAAGGGCCAACUCCCGCGACGCCGAUUCGGAAGUGUUCAACUUUGAGCACGGCCAGGAGGAACUGCUUGAUAUCAUCAAGCUGGCCAACGAAACGAGCCAUUCCGCUCGUGACUUUUCUGCCAAGGGCGAGCGAAGUGCCUGGUGGUCGGAGCGAGAAGCCCUCGAUGCUCGUCUGAAAGAGCUGCUCAUGACUAUUGAGACGACGUGGCUCGGAGGAUUCAAGGGCAUCUUCUCUCAGCACCGAAGACGGCCGGAGCUGCUGGCGCGGUUCCAGAAGAGCUUCCACAAGAUGCUCGAUAGGAGCCUGCCGUCGCGGAACAGGACUCGGGGAAGGAAGUCUGCAAAGAGCCAAACGGUCACGCUUGACCCACGAAUCCUAGAGCUAUUCAUCGGCCUUGGAGAUCCCACGGAACCGGAUCUGGACUACGACGAGGCCCUCAACGAUCUGCUGUACUUUGUUGUGGACAUCCUCCAGUUCCACGGGGAGCGCAACGCCUACGACGAGAUUGACUUUGACGCCAUGGUUGUGGAAACGUAUGAUGCCCUCCGGGGGUACUACGACGGGGCCAAGGCGGCAGAUCGGGCGGAUGGCACCCACACCAUACUUGUCCUGGACAAGGCACUCCAUGCGUUUCCGUGGGAGUCACUGCCCUGCAUGCAAGGAUCUGCGACAUCAAGGGUCCCAUCGCUCGCGUGCCUCGGGCAGCUCAUGGCGCAGGCGAACAUGACUGCGGUGGGCGACAGCGGCGAAACGCUGGGGCACUCCGUCUCCUCGGCGGCAGGAACAUACAUGCUCAACCCGUCGUCGGACCUCAAGAACACGCAGGCCUUUUUCCAGCCCGCCUUUAAGACGCUGGCGUCGUGGGACGGCGUGGUCGGCCGGACGCCCGAGGAGGCGGAGUUUGAGCGGGCGCUGUCCUCGUCCGAGGUGCUCCUCUACUUUGGCCACGGCAGCGGCGCGCAGUACAUUCGCGGCAAGACGGUGCGACGGCUGGAGCGGUGCAGGCCGGUGACGUUCCUCAUGGGCUGCAGCUCGGCGGCGCUGACGGACGCGGGGGAGUUUGAGUGCUACGGCCCGGUGUGGAACUACAUGAUGGCGGGAUGCCCGGCCGUGGUCGGCACGCUGUGGGACGUGACGGACCGCGACAUUGACCGCUUCGCGGGCCGUGCCUUUGAGGAAUGGGGAUUGUUUGCACGUGGCACGUUCAGCGACGAGGACGGCAGGAAGAAGCAGGUUGCCGGCCGGGCCAAGGAGGGCGGCAGCGGCAGCGGCGGCAGCGUCAGGGGCAAGGGCAAGAGCACGGUGUCUAGUGAUGAUGCAGGCGAGGUGGUGGAUGCGCGCGUCGCGGCGUCGUCAUCAUCAUCAUCAUCGUCACUGGCCGAGGCCGUGGCGAGGGCGCGCGAGGCGUGCAAGUUUCGAUAUCUCAACGCGGCGGCGGUGGUCAUGUAUGGGAUCCCCGCGUACCUGGGGCCAAACGAGGAUCCAUGACGACGGACGACGACGGCGAUGAUGACGAUGACGAUGACGAUGACGAUGACAGACGAGUCAUGCAGGGGCCACGGAGGGUUUUUGUCAUGCCCAGAGCAGGGCAAACGCGAGGCACACCGGGAGCGACGCAGGGGUAUGUAGUAGAUUUGAGUUUUAUUCCAAAAAAAAUGGUUUCUGUCCCGUCA